AUGAGUGGAAGCACGGCUGCAAGUUCCAUUAGCGAGGCUGAGCCAGCACCUCCUAGCUUAGGAAAGAUUGGAGUUUGUGCUCUAGAUGUCAAAGCUCGCAGCAAACCUAGCCAAAACAUACUGACCCGUCUUCAAUCUAAGGGCGGGUUUGAAGUAAUUGUUUUUGGUGACAAGGUGAUACUCGACGAAGCUGUAGAGAACUGGCCCGUAUGUGACUAUCUCAUUGCAUUCUUUUCAGAUGGCUUCCCAUUGGACAAGGCCAUUGCAUAUGCGAGACUCCGAAAGCCGUUUUGUGUCAACGACUUGCCGAUGCAGAAGGUCCUAUGGGACCGGCGACUUUGUUUGAGGAUAUUAGACAACAUGAGUGUUCCUACGCCCAAGCGGCUGGAAGUUAACCGAGAUGGUGGUCCAACAUUAGAGUCUCCUGAACUUGCCCAACACGUAUAUCAACUGACUGGGGUCAAGCUUGAAGGCCCUGAGGACGGCACCGGAGGAGGCCUCUCUAGGACGAAGGACGUGGCAAUGUCAGAUGACGGCGACUCCCUAAUCGUGGAUGGGAAGGUAUUUAGAAAGCCGUUCGUUGAAAAACCGGUUAAUGGUGAGAAUCAUAACAUUCACAUAUACUUUCCUAACGAUCAGCAAUACGGUGGCGGCGGCCGGAGGCUCUUCCGAAAGGUUGGAAAUAAAAGUUCUGAAUAUGAUCCAAACCUGGUCAUUCCUAGGUCAGUGACGGAAAAUGAUUCCAGCUAUAUUUAUGAACAGUUUGUGAGGGUGGAUAAUUCCGAGGAUGUCAAGGCCUAUACUGUCGGCCCAGACUUUUGUCAUGCAGAAACACGGAAGUCACCCGUAGUUGACGGGCUGGUCCGUCGCAAUACCCAUGGAAAGGAACUUAGGUAUAUAACAAAAUUAAGCAGGGACGAGGCAACAAUUGCUUCUAAAAUAUCGAACGGGUUUGGCCAGCGCAUUUGUGGCUUUGACAUGCUUCGUGUUGGUGACAGAAGCUAUGUGAUUGAUGUUAAUGGCUGGAGCUUCGUCAAAGAUAACAAUGAUUAUUAUGACAGAUGUGCCAGUAUCUUGAGAGAUAUUUUCCUACAUGAGAAGCGCAGACGUGAAGGGACCCUGGAAUCUGAACCUUUCCACCAAGAUUUGAACCAUUCCUGGAGGAACUCUGUGUCUCACAGACACGGAUUGAAGACUUUGUUGAAAUCCCCUAGCGCGUCCAAGCUUCAUGGAAGUCCUCCAGGCCACAAAAGUCCCGACAAUGCUCUCCCGGAAAGUGCCGUUCCAGGGCUGCCUGCCUCUUCCACGUCUGAGGGGCUAGAUAUUGGGAAUAGCUAUAAAAAGCCGAGCGGACGGGAAAGGUUUUCGUUCUCAGGAGGUUUAGAUUCUCAGACUGCAAAUGCAUCUGUCACGUCAACAGACUCGAUUGAUGACGCCCCUCCUCCGCCCCCAGCUUCUAAGCAUUCGUGGAAACUGAAGGGUAUGGUAGCAGUUAUCCGGCAUGCAGAUCGCACACCGAAGCAAAAAUUCAAGUUUACUUUCCACAGCCAACCUUUUAUUGAUCUCCUGAAGGGGCAUCAAGAAGAAGUGGUCAUCAAGGGCGAGGCUGCACUGGCCAGCGUUUCGGAUGCAGUUAAGGUGGCAAUGGAGCGAGAACUUGAAGAUAUGGAUAAGCUCAAGCUUCUCCGUACAUCCCUUGAGAAGAAAGGAGGUUGGCCUGGGACAAAGGUUCAAAUAAAGCCGAUGUUUCAGAACGAUCUCAUUCUUGACAAGCUCCAGCUCGUAAUCAAAUGGGGGGGAGAACCAACCCAUGCAGCCCGCUACCAAUCUCAGGACCUCGGUCUUAAUAUGCGCGAUGACUUGAAAUUAAUGAACAAGGAAGCUUUGAAUAAUGUUCGAAUAUUCACGAGUUCCGAGCGAAGAGUGAGUACAAGCGCUCAAAUAUGGGCCUGCUCUUUCCUUGAUCAAAAGGAGCUUCCGGACGAUUUCAUACAAGUCCGGAAAGACCUUUUAGAUGACUCGAACGCCGCGAAAGAUCUCAUGGACAAAGUAAAAAAGAAACUGAAACUGCUUUUGCGAGAAGGAUCCGCACCCUCGCAGUUCACCUGGCCCAAAGACAAUAUUCCAGAGCCUUCAGUCGUCCUCGCUACGGUUGUUGAGCUUAUGAAGUUUCAUCGGGAUGUUAUGAGGCACAAUUUCCGGAGACUUGAGAGUUCGUCGAGCGGUCCGUUUGAACCAUACUUCCCUAGUGAUGAUACCUCCAACACACACGGCGAGGCUUCUCCAUUGGCUUCUAUUCAAGGACGUUGGUGCACUGGUGAGGACCCUAUGCUUUUCAAGGAGAGGUGGGAAAAGCUCUUCGCCGAGUUUUGCGAUACAGAGAAGGUCGAUCCUAGCAAACUUUCCGAAUUAUACGAUAGUAUGAAAUUUGAUGCUCUCCACAACCGGCAAUUCUUGGAAUGGGUGUUUAUGCCUCCUGACACCGACAAUGAUGCGGACGGGGAAGGUUAUUCCCAAUCAAAGAUGCGAAACACUCCUGCCGGAGAUAUCAGACCAGGUAACGAGGAUGCAAAUCAUGAAAGGAACGAGGAGCAUGCGGACAGUUCAACGUUUGUGCAUCGAUUGGGCCUGAAGCGACGAAUGCAUGCAUUUGAAUCAAUGCCGCAUUUCAGGGCCCUGGAUGACACCUACGAUCACUAUUUCAAGUUAUAUCCAGGCUUAAGCGUCAAGAAAGCCAAGCUGGAUAGCAGGUUAUCCAAGUUAAGAGAGUUGUACAAGUUGGCGAAGGUUCUUUUUGACUAUGUCACUCCUCAGGAGUAUGGAAUUACUGAUACCGAAAAGCUGGAGAUCGGGUUGUUGACAUCUUUACCAUUACUCCAAGAGAUCGUUAGGGAUUUGGAAGAAGUCCAAGCCUCGCCAGAUGCCAAGUCCUUCUUCUAUUUCACAAAGGAAUCUCACAUAUACACCCUCCUAAAUUGCAUCCUAGAAGGCGGUAUCCAGACGAAAAUCGCUCGGCGGGCUAUCCCCGAGUUAGAUUACCUUUCUCAAAUAUGCUUCGAACUCUAUGAAGCUAAGGAUUCCGAGUCAUCAACGAAUUCUUACUCAAUUCGCAUCUCGAUCAGCCCUGGGUGCCAUGCCUUUGAUCCCCUUGAUGUGCAGCUUGAUUCAAGACAUGCAAUUGGUUGCGCCCCCAGGCGAAGCCUAACCGCUCACCAGGAUUGGAAGAAUGUUAUUGAGACGCUCAAAGCGAAAUUUGACACAGUCAAGCUCCCGAAAACAUUUAUUGCGGUGAACCUGAGCGAUAAACACGUCCCAGUCCAUGAUGAGGAGGGAUCUUGUUAA